AUGUCCGACGACUUGUGGCUUUCUUUGGUUUCUGCAAUUAGUCCCUCCGUCGACGCUAUGCCGGCUGUUCUCCAAUCCACGAUCCACCUGCUCGAAUCCGAGCUGGUUAAGGCGCGCGCUGCCCUCCAAGAAAUUCAACCCCAUACGCCGCUCUUGCGAAUUGGCGAUGAGGUCGCCGUCGGCGCGAUGGCCGCCUACCGUCAGAACCUGAUCGGCCGCGCCCCCGACUUCUACGGCUCUCGUCGCUUGACCGCGAAGGAACUGGGCCUGGAACCCAUUCGUCAGGAGUGCUACCAGCAGCCCGUGCCAGAGCCCAUUCCCGAGCCUGCGCCCAUAGCCGCACCCGCACGACGGACACCACUCGAAGAGAUGCUCACCAAUAGCUUGAUCCUCGACCAUAUGGCCCCUUAUCUUUCCAUUCCCUCCUUGGUCGCGUUAGCUUCCACAUCGCGCUUGCUCUAUAACAUGAUCACCACAACCCCAUAUGUAUUCCGCCACGUCGAUCUGACCCGGUGCGCAGGCGCCCAGCUGCCGAAGAAACGGUCCAAGGAAGACGAUCUGCGAACCGAAGAUGAAAUUUACUCUGCUCCCGUUCGACGGAUCUUUUCGAGCCUGGAAAAGCGAUGCAUUCUACAAGAUGUGCGCACGUUGGUACUGGAUGGCCUGUCCGUUCCCGCCGACUUGGUCGCCGAUAUCAUCCUGUCGGACCGAUUCAAUGUCAACAUUCUAUCUAUUCGCGAGUGCAAGCACCUCAACGAGCGUAAACUGAUGCAGGUCAUUCAACACGCCGUGCGACCCACCCGCCCCAAGGGGACCCCAAAAAUCAAAGGCAUCUAUCACUUCUCGCCCAUUCAAGCUCCUUCCCGAGCUGCCGUGCGGCGACGCUAUCGCGACUGGUGGGGCUCUCGACUGGGUACGCAGUCUCGAAGCCUGAGCCAGAGCUCCUCUGCCAGCUCCUCUGAUAACGAAGACGAGGGACCGACUGUUUCAUCCAGACGUCAGCAAAAUGAAUGGUAUCGCCCAUCGGGCAAGCUUGUGAAACAUAGUGUGGAAGAGGGUUGGGCGCAAACUCUACAGAAGUGCGAAGGUAUCAUAGCCUUUGACGCUGUGCUGUGCCGUGGGCCACGGCACGAUAUUAACCUAUAUUCCGCCAACGAGAAUCAUCCUGCUCCAGAGGCUUCUUUCCUGGGCCCUGCCGUGGCUACUGUAGCCCUCGGACCCCGUGGCUGUGAUGGAUGUCACAGUUCCCCCGAAGGCCCAGCCAUCUGGGGCCAGUCUGCAGACGUGGAGUUCCCCUUGCUCGGACCCGUGCCUCUGCACGUAUCGAACACUGUGGCGGCCAAGCGCCCCGAGUUGAUUCCAGGAAAACACCCGGUUUUGAUUGCCCGAUGCACGGACUGCCUGACUGAUCGCUGGUGCCACCGGUGCAACAAGUGGUUCUGCGACAACUGUCUACCGAACCCACAGCAUGUGCAGGUCAAUUUAUCUCCGCAUCAGACCGCUGUCCGUCCGCCUCAGAGCCAACUCCAUGAUGCGAUACCCAAUGAUCGAGAGGCGCUUGAACGAGGGGUCAGCAAAGACUGCUGGGAGUGUGGCCCAACUGUAAAUGACCCUAGCUUUGAUAUCCAAUAA